AUGUAUGAAGAAAAGCUUGAAGCAAAACGUAAGCGGCGCACUGAAAAAUCAGAAAAUAUAGCUCCAAAUCAGCAGGAUUUGCAAAACGAAGAACAUACCGAGAACAAUGAGAUAUUAUAUGAUGAACAGAUACCAAACGAAAAUGUAAUAGAUCUCGCCAACACCGAAGAACAGCAAACACGCGAGGCUGAAUACGACGAUUAUUCGUACGCAUUUGAUGAUGCUAGUGAGAUUACUGAUACCACAGCAUUCACCAGCCCGUGUUAUGCGGCAAGUGGCGAUGACAAGGAGAUGAAGGAGAACGUUGCAGAAGGGGACUUUGACCCUAGUCUAUUACAAGAACUGGGAAUUGUAGAAACUGAUCCUGUUGAAUUUGGUGAUGAUUUGCAAGCCGACGUAGCGGCAAGAUUCCAGAAAAUUUUGUUGGAAGGGCUUAAAAAAGAAAAGAAAGAAGAACUUUUGAAAAAAUACCCGUUUCCCAAAAACGUUCCUCUAGCAAAAAGCCCGUCCCUAAACCCGGAAAUUGGAGCCAUGUUGGCCGAGGCAUGCAAGCUCAGAGAUAAAAGGCUACUUGCAAAGCAGGACCAGCUUGGUAAAGCGCUUUCAGCGCUAGGCAAGGCUCUAACUGGCCUAUUGAAACGAACUCCGGAUAUCCCAGAUAUUAUCCGUACACUCAAUGAUGCGGGCAUUAUGCUAGCUGAUUCCCAUUAUGCUGAAACUGAUACCCGCCGCUCAGUAAUUAUGCCACUAAUAGACAAGUCCUUUGCUGAGAGUUUCAAAGACAGAAAAAGAGACACCUUUCUUUUUGGAGAAAAAUUGGGUGAGUUGGUGAAGGACUCUCGCGGCAUAAAAAAGACAGGACAAUUAAUUCAGCCACCAUCUACAACUUCUAAUUUAAAUGGAAGAGGUCCAUCGACAGCCCGAGGAUUGCGAUAUCAGCGAGGGGGACACACAUAUCAACACCGAUUCGGUGGACCAAGAGCAGCAAUGUCGGCCCCAGCAUACCAGUACCAAGGUCGCAGACGAGCAGCUCUGCCGCCACCACCACCUCUGCCAAGUCGCCGUCAGCCUCCACCUCCACCUUCAACACGCCGACCACCUCCUCCUGCGCACCGCUCCUCAACCAGUCGACGGACUUAACUGCGCAAUGUCAGAUCAACACACCCGCUACACCGUCAUCUUUCCCUGGUAGCGUGUGUGUUAUCCGGGAAGGGUUUCGUAGACAAUGUGUACCUGAAACGGCAUUAGAGGUCAUGCUUUCAUCAAUUUCAGAGAAGACUAGAAGUCAGUAUACGACGAGCCUUAAGUUGUGGUGGGAUUUUUGCUCUCAGAAUAAUGUAGAUUUUUACGAUUUCAAAAUAUCAUCUCUAUUAGAAUUUCUUACGAAUUGUUUUCAAAGGGGGUCGUCGUAUGGCAUGCUAAACAAUCAUCGGUCAGCUAUUUCUUUAAUAUCUUCAAA